CCUCAUCCAUUGCACUUGCAUUCCAUCCCCAAUCCAUCUCCGCUCACUCCGACCGGUCAUCACAAUGGUUGCCAUCGCCCGCUCCUUCGGCGCCGCCCGCCUGGCCGCCCGCUCCGUCCAGACCAGCCAGCCUGCUGCGCGCUUCAUCUCCACCAAGGCCCAGCCCAAGACUCUCGUCAUGAACAGCGCCGUCCGCAACGCCUUCAAGAACAACGCCGGCCGCCAGAUCAUCCAGAGCCGUGGCAUCGUUGCUGAGUCCACCGCCGCCGCCAUGGUCGCUGCUGCCAAGAUUCAGGGUGCCGGUAUCGCCACCGUCGGCCUUGCUGGUGCUGGUGUCGGUAUUGGCACGGUUUUCGGUGCCCUCAUCCAGGGUGUUGCCCGCAACCCGUCCCUCAGGGGUCAGCUCUUCCAGUACGCCGUUCUCGGUUUCGCCUUCGCUGAGGCCACCGGUCUCUUCGCUCUCAUGAUGUCCUUCCUCCUCCUCUACGUUGCAUAGAGGAGUGCGUUGCUGGGUUCACUCUGUCAUUCGGGUCUACGGGUCGGGUCUCAGGGUGGAAAAAUUUGCGGAUGGGUGUGUGCAUACAAGACUACCUC